ACGAAUGGACAGAUGGAUUGAUGGAUGGAUGGAUGGAUGGACAGAUGGACAGAUGGAUGAAUGAUAUGCCCUCUCUGGGUGCUAUAGAAUAAGUUAAACCUGUUUAUUCUCCUUUCAUACCAUGGCUUAGAGAAUACCCUGUCCAUUCACAAUUGCAUUGAAUCUAAAGUAAAGAUUUGGGGAUAUUUUAUGUGAUGCAAUUACAGAACUGUAACUAUCCUAAGACCUGUAAACAAUCCCAGGUUUGGGUGUCAGCAAUAAAACUCUUUAAAGUGAAUUACCCACUGAUUACAGGUGUAUGGGUAGUUGUCAAGUGAAAACAGUCCAUUGAUUUUCAAAUAUUAACACUUACAGAUGCCUGAGAGAUAAUUAUUAAGAAUUGCAUUCAGUUCUUCUUUAAUCUGUAACCACAUAUAAGCUACCAUCUAUUUUGAACUUAAUACAAGGCCUAAGUCCUUAAUAGAAAUGUAUGUAAUUCUGAAUUGAUCACAAGGACAGACUUUUGACAGAACCUGCUCAUAUUUUUCAAAAAUAUGUGUCUACUCAUUGACAACAUGGUCUCUUUCUCAAAUUAGUCAUUGGACUUACAAACUGUUGUAUCUGAGAAGAACCAGAUUAUUAAUAACUCAAGUUACAUAUAUAAAUUAGUGCAUUCACUUUGAUUAAUAAUAAAUGAGGCAAGUCACCCUGCUCCGAACUGAUCGUGCCAUAUCUUGCGUUGUUUUCUCUUUUGCAGAAUUUUUUUUCAUUUGCUGAAAGUUUAAGUCAUGCCCAAUGACUGAUUUAUUGUUUUCUUCACAGGAGGAGGGGGGAAGCAUUAGGUACCUGGUACCCAGCAAAAGCCCAACAAGCAAAGUUAUCAGUGGAAUUCCUCAAUGUGACAAAGGGCUGGAUGAGGGGUUCCUUGCUGGUACAACCAGGUCACAAGCCUAAGAAGGCUUGACGGGUGUGGCUGGCUCUCCCCCCACAGCCCUGCUCUGUUCCCGAUCUGGGCUUUGCUGCCCUGGGCUGGGCUGCUUCUCCUGGCUCUCUGCAGGACCUCCAGGCUCCAGGAAUUUGGACCGAGUGGUAGAGACAUCGCCGGCAGAGACGGCAAUCGCCAGCUUCCUCUCUGCGCUGUCUUGUGAUUCAAAGCAGAUUCUGCUCCACUUUUUUAAAAGGGGAGCACAUGAAUGCUAGAGACCCACAAGAACAGUCGAGCAAGGAAACGUGCAACAGUGAUACAAAAGUCCGUGAGUAAGUGGCUCAUUCGAGGUGAGCCAUGACAGGGAUUUGUUCAUGGGGAGCCCAGGGACAUCAAGGUCUGAUUGCUGAGAGUGUUCUUGUGGGAGGUGGAAGGUUAUAAGAGCUGCAAGAACCCCGGGGCUUAAGAGUUUUGCAAAUGAUCCUGGGCUGGGACACACACACACACAUAGAAAGAAAGAGAGAGAGAGAGAGAGAGAGACAGAGAGAGAGAGAGAGAGCGAGCCCUAUGUACCAAGGUCAUCCAAGCACUGCAUUUGUACUUGGCUGUAGGGAGGAAGGGCUGGAAAAAAGAGAAGAUGUUUUCUAUCUUGGACCUUUACCUAAAAUAGGCACCAUCAUGCUUAGUGGCCUUGCUUGCAAACUUCUACAGGAGGGUGAGUUGGAGAGAGAGAGUGUGAGUGUGAGCAGCAGGGUGAGCUGCUCACUGGUGAGUCCAGGAAGUGACUCUGGACCUCCUCUUACAUCAGUCUGGUAUGUACAGUCAGGCAACUUAACAAAAACUGCUGCUGGCUGGAUGUGUGGCAUGGUCAUUGAAAACAUUUUUUUGCGUUGCCUUUCUCGCAUUAUUUUCUGGUUAAUGAUCUCUCUUCCUUGGAAGAGUACAUUUCUGUGGUAGGAACUAUCUUUGUGAAAAUAUUCUUUUUUAGAGACUAAUUUGCAUCACAAGAAUUCUGAUAUUCAAGGUACAAUUAGUUCAUGUAUCAAUAUUUUAAUGCACAUAGGUAUUCUCAAAAUUUUAUAUACCACUCAUAGAAGACCAGGAUUUGACUCACAGCACUGUUUCUUUUCCCAUAUAAAUGAGUCACUGGGCCUCAAAGGUUCAAUCAUCCUCUUUAUAGAUGAAAUAUAAUAGCAGAUACUAGUGAGAUUGUUGGGAUUAUUAACUGCAAAUGUACAAAGUCCCUUUUAACAUAGUAGAUAAUUAUUUAUUAUUAUUCCUGAUAGACACAGCACAGCUAUAAGCUGGCUAAAUACCAAGAACAAUGAGUAGGAUUACCUCUUAUAUUUCUUUUCCCAACAUAAUGCUUUGCUUCUGAUCUGACCAGGGCUUUGCCAAAGUCACACAUCCAGUAAGUGGCCGAAGCAGAUCUUCAGACCUGCAGUUUGGCUGCCAAAGGACCACAGUGAGUAUUUCUAAUGCUGAAACAAGAGGGUGCAGCUCUGCAGCCCAGACAGGUGGGCCUCAGGGUGGGUAACCAAGACAGCUCAAUGCAUGUCUCCCUCAGCCGUCCCCAGCCCCUAAAAACAGAGCUGGGGGUCCCAGUCCUCUGUGGGAUAUGGCCCUCUUUCAUCACCAGCUUCCAGCCUACCCUGCAUCUCUUCCUUUUGAAUUGCAGGAACCCUCCCAGCCUUCAUGCCGCCUUUCCUGAUAACCCUCUUUCUCCUUCACUCUUGCUUCCUCCGAGCAAAUGGCCACCUCCGUGAAGGAAUGACAUUGCUGAAGACUGAGUUUGCACUUCGCCUCUACCAGAGCGUGGCCACGUGUAGAAACGAGACGAACUUCGUCAUCUCUCCUGCUGGUGUGUCCCUCCCCCUGGAGAUCCUGCAGUUUGGAGCAGAAGGGAGCACUGGCCAGCAGCUGGCAGAUGCCCUGGGGUACACUGUCCAUGACCAAAGGGUGAAAGAUUUCUUGCAUGCUGUUUAUGCCACACUACCCACCUCCAGCCAAGGCGCCGAGAUGGAGCUGGCCUGCAGCCUUUUUGUGCAAGUGGGAACGCCGCUGUCCCCCUGCUUUGUGGAGCAGGUCUCCUGGUGGGCUAACAGCAGCCUGGAACCAGCCGACCUCAGUGAGCCCAAUAGCACCGCCAUCCAGACUAGCGAAGGGGCCUCCAGACAGACUGCAGGUGAGGGCCCCAGUGAGGGCCCUGGUGGCUGGCCGUGGGAGCAAGUCAGUGCAGCAUUUGCUCAGCUUGUGCUUGUGAGCACCAUGUCCUUCCAAGGCACUUGGCAGAAGAGAUUCUCCUCCACAGACACGCAGAUCCUGCCUUUCACCUGUGCCCAUGGCCUCGUCCUUCAGGUCCCCAUGAUGCACCAAAUGGCCGAGGUCAACUACGGUCAGUUCCAGGACACUGCAGGCCAUCAGGUGGGGGUGCUGGAGCUGCCUUACCUGGGAAGUGCAGUGAGUCUGUUCCUGGUGCUGCCCCGUGACAAAGACACCCCCGUGAGCCACAUCGAGCCACACCUCACAGCCAGCACCAUCCACCUCUGGACCACCUGCCUGAGGAGAGCCAGGAUGGAUGUGUUCCUGCCCAGGUUUAGGAUCCAAAAUCAAUUCAACUUAAAAAGCAUUUUAAAUUCUUGGGGAGUCACCGAUCUUUUUGAUCCACUCAAAGCUAACUUGAAAGGAAUUUCAGGCCAACAUGGUUUUUAUGUUUCUGAAGCAAUCCACAAGGCCAAGAUUGAAGUUUUGGAGGAAGGCACCAAGGCAUCUGGAGCCACAGCUCUGUUGUUAUUGAAAAGGUCUCGGAUUCCUAUUUUUAAAGCAGAUCGGCCAUUCAUCUAUUUCCUGAGAGAACCUAACACAGGUAUUAAAGUAUUUUUUGACAGGAUUCAGAUAAUUUAGUGUCUCUCUAGCAACAAGGGCUCAUUUGUCCACUAUCCCCUAGCAUUCUUUCUAGCUGUUUUUAUGGUGCUUCAGAAGCUUCUCAGUUGCUGUCUUGUAUCCUAAG